GACAGGCAGUCUCUCUGAAGCGGCUGCAGGAUUUACUGCACAGAGAGCAGAGACUAUCUGACAGUUUGACGCUGACUGGGACCAACAACAUCUGCAACGAUGGUUGAUGCUUUCUGUGGUACAUGGAAGCUGGUGGACAGCCAGAACUUUGAUGAUUACUUGAAGGCAAUGGGUGUCAGUUUUGCCACAAGACAAUUGGCCAAUGUCGUCAAACCCACAAUAACGAUUAGCCAAGAUGGGGACAAAGUGGUGGUGAAAACCCAGAGCACAUUCAAGAACAUGGAGGUCUCCGCCAAACUGGGAGAGGAGUUUGACGAGACCACGCCUGAUGACCGGCACGUCAAAGCUACCUUCACCGUGGAAGGAGGCAAAUUCGUGCAAACGCAGAAGUGGGAUGGCAAAGAGUCCACAUUCGUCAGAGAAAUCAAGGAUGGGAAGAUGGUGAUGACAUUAACCUUUCAGGGUGUCCAAGCUGUCCGCACAUACGAGAAAGCCUAACUUCUUACCAACUAUCUGAAUUAAUGUCAGUGCUGUGAAUGAUCCACAACGUGAAAGAAAUAAUAAUAAUAAUAAUGAUGAUGACAAAAUGUGCUGUUUAUAACUGUAUGCAGUGAUUUGCACUUGAUUUAUUGCCGUAACUGGAGCUAAAUAUUUUUGGGGGGGAGAAUCUUUUGUAAGACCUUUUUUAAGAAAUUUACACGGUAAACUGUUUCGUUUUCCGCGUAGUGUGUGAAAAAGGGGAAAAUAAACUGCUGAACUAAA